AUAAACUCUUUCCUGUCAACACCUCCCCGACAGAUAUUCACUCGAGAUAUGUCAGAUACUGCUGCUGUACCUGAGUCCAAGGUCCAGGAGGCCUCCGCUGCUUCCGACCGCGAGUCUUUCCCCCCCGCACCCACGGAUAUCGCCGGCGAUUUCCAGGGGGAGGUAAACACCGACGACCAGCUGCCCUCCGCGGAGACCCUGGACCAAGUGGCCAGCUACACCGUCCUCGACCGCGAGCACAAGGAGCAUUCCUUCCGGGAUCUCUACGCCGGGGUUGAUGCCGCCCCACGCACAUUGGUCAUCUUCGUGCGGCAUUUCUUUUGCGGGAGCUGCCAAGAGUACCUGCGAUCGCUCUCCGACACCAUCACCCCUGACUUCCUGGCCCAGCUGCCCACCCGCACCGCCGUCGUGAUUGUCGGCUGCGGUGACCCGGGCCUGAUCGACCACUACGCCGCGGAGACGGGCUGCCCCUUCCCCAUCUACUCCGAUCCGACGGCCCAGCUCUAUGAGGCGCUGGGGAUGGUGAGCUCCCUGGCGCUUGGCCCCCGCCCGGCGUACAUCCGCAAAGGCAUGGCGCGCAUCGUCGCCGAGUCCGUCUGGCAGGCGUUGAAGUAUGUGCCAAGUGGCCUGGCCACUAAAGCUGGGGAUUCCCGCCAGAUUGGCGGCGAGUUCCUUUUCGAAUCGGACCCGUCGCAAGGGGAGGGUAAGGAUCUCACCAGCAUCACCUGGUGCCAUCGGAUGAAGACGACGCGCGAUCACUCAGAAGUCUCUGUCUUGGCCAGUCUCUUACAGCGAUAACUUUGUAGUCCACCAGUCGCUCUCUAUCAUUUGGUUAAUUAAUUGAACACGUUUCAACUUCUUUGGUUGCAUGAAGCUAAAAGACCCCGG